AUGCAUUCGACUGCCCUUGGGCGAGUUUGUUCACUAGUGGUUAUUGCUCUCAUUCAGGUAUUUGCCAUAGUAGACUUCAACUUCGAUGACGAUCCUAAAUCUGAUGCACAGUUCUGCUGCAUGGUGGAGCACACGUUUCCACAGGAACCGUUUCGUACGUGCUACGAGCAGCACAAAAAUUCUCCCGAUAAUAAUGAAACGGCCUGGUGCAUUCAUCAGUGCUACUACAAUGCGAUCGGAAUGUUUUCCAAUGGUGACAAACUUGAGAUAGACAACUAUCUGCAGUACAAGGACAGCCUGGAUGCAGCGCGGCAAGAUCCAUUUACCUUUGCGCUAGCGGUUUGCGUAAAGCUUACGAUCAAGCUGAUCAAGCAUUUUGCGGCUAGUGGAAAGGAACUGCCAUGCAGUCCCAUCCCUUACCUGUUCAACCGCUGCUUGAUGGAGGUUGACAUGGUAAACUGUCCACUAGAUCAGUGGCUAAACUCUACUUUUUGUGAUGCAUUGACGAAGAAAAUAAAGUCAAAGUACGGUGAGGGUAUAAGGUACGAUGAGGUGAAAAGAACUAGUGGAAAUCCUUCAGACAGAUAA